GACUGCGAUACCACCUAGCCAGGGAACCUUUCUCAGUCGCACCCAGUCAGCAGAACAAGAUGCAUCUAAUCAACGGCAAACGGUACUACAAGGCGGCACGCGAAGGUAACCUGCAGGUGCUCCAGGAAGCCAACCGAUGGGAAAUCAACACUUCGGACGAGAAUGGGUUGACCCCACUGCACUGGGCAGCUCACGAGGGUCAUCGGGAAGCCGUGUGGAUUCUGCUGAAGCGGAAGAGUAACGUUAACAAAAUGGAUCACUUUGGAAACUCGGCGUUACACCUUGCGGCUGCCCGUGGGCAUUUGGAAUGUGUGGAACUGUUGGUCAGCAAAGGUGCGAAUUUGUAUGGGUUCGAUGGAGGACAGCGCACGGCUUGCGAUUUGGCCCGAAUUGGCGAGUGGGAUGAAGUGGUGGACUUAUUGGUGCAAAGGAGGAAAAUGUUGGAGGAAAAAAGACCGAAAUUGGUGCUGAAGUUGAAAGUGAUGGCAAAUCAACAGUUUUUGAAAAUCAAAGAUAAAUCAUCGGAUGGUGAUAAUAAAGUAGACCUUCUGAAGAAUGAUUCAACUGAAGCAAAAGAAGUCUAUGAGCUUGAUCAGAGUGCUGCAGAUGAGUUUAAAAGUGUCACAAACACUCCGGAAGACGUUCCUACCGAAGAAGAGUUGUACCAGCAAAAUUCUAAUUUAUUAGGACUAAUGCAGCACAAAACUGGCGGUCUAACUUCCAGCACCAGUAAAAGUACUGCACGAUUUCAUUUGGUAUUUUCCGAGCUCGUCAAAGAACAAUCAAUCAACCAAGCCAUCGUCAACAGUAUCGAAUCACGACCUCAACGAAAGUCCAUCAAACCAGCUCAUCCCACCGUAGACGACGGAGAAUCCGACGAAGAGGAAGACACACCCGUAGUCUCGACGCAGAGUUCGCUUCGAUCGUUUCUCAAAAUUUACGACCUCCAGCGGUUCCAUCAGCAGCUCCUGGAUAAAGGAAUUGAUUUGGAUGGUUUGAUUUUGAUGACGGAGCAUGACAUCAAGGCACUGGGCCUCCCCUUGGGUCCCCACCGAAAGCUGUGCGUAGCACUGGAAGAGUACAAGUCUGCCCGAAAGUGGGACCAAGCGUAGCAAUGGCAAUGAAGCUCUAGAUUUACUCCCAACACGAAAGCAAGGGCAGCAUACCGAAAACGUGUCCCAAACGCAAAAAGUCCCACCAGGACCAGGGCACGAUGUGGUAACAUCGUAAAACCAUUUAUCUCUGGCUACUUUAGACGCCCGGCAUCAUCGGUGUCUGUGUCAUUUUGCUGUCGUAUUGUACCGGAACCUCGAUGAUAAUAACGCACUUUCUCUUUUGCCACAAGUUUAGUUGUAACACAGAGGAACAGAUAUCCCACUUGGUGGGGAAAUUGCUUUAAGUUGAGAAAUAUUUCGCAUUGAAAACGUUAGCGCCAUCUCGAUCAGACAAAAUAAAAACAAAUAAUUUAUUUUAUUUAA